AUGGGUCUCGAAGACAACAAGUUCGUCCAGCGUUUCAUCAAUGUGGGUGAAAAGAAAGCUGGUUCCACCACCAUGGGUAUAGUGGUUGGUGUGUUCGCUGCCUUUGGUGGUGUUUUAUACGGUUACGACACGGGUACCAUUAACGGUAUCAUGGCUAUGGACUAUGUCAAGAAGACGUUCCCUUCGAAUGGCGAAGAGUUUACUGCCUCUGAGACUUCCUUGAUUGUGUCCAUCUUGUCGGUGGGUACUUUCUUUGGCUCGCUUGCUGCUCCUUUCUUUAGUGACACUUUGGGUAGAAAGUGGUGUUUGAUUUUGUCUUCGUUGAUUGUGUUCAACUUGGGUGUUAUCUUGCAGACUGCUGCUACUGACAUUCCAUUGCUUUGCGCCGGUAGAGCUAUUGCUGGAGCUGGUGUGGGUUUGAUCUCGUCGACGAUUCCGCUUUACCAGUCUGAGGCUGCUCCAAAGUGGAUCAGAGGCGCCAUUGUGUCUUGUUACCAGUGGGCCAUUACUAUUGGUAUCUUUUUGGCAGCUGUGUUCAACCAGGCUUCUCACGCUAGAAACGACUCUGGCUCUUACAGAAUUCCAAUUGCUCUCCAGUUCCUCUGGGCGUUGAUUUUGGGUAUUGGUAUGUUCUUCUUGCCAGAGACUCCUCGUUUCUACGUUUCCAAGGAGAGAGAGGAUAAGGCCAUGGAGGCUCUUUCCAAGCUCAGAAAGCUUCCUACCGACCACCCAGACUUGAUUGAAGAGUACAACGAUAUCAAAGCCGCCUACGAGUUUGAGAAGGAGUACGGUAAGUCUUCUUGGGGCCAGGUCUUGUCCAGCAAGAACCACCAGCGUAAGCGUUUGGCUACUGGUGUUUUGUGUCAGGCUUUCCAGCAGUUGACUGGUGUGAAUUUCAUUUUCUACUUUGGUACCAACUUCUUUAACGACGCUGGUGUUGACGGUUUCGUUACCACUUUGGCUACCAACAUUGUCAAUGUCGGUGCUACCGUUCCAGGUAUUCUUUUGAUGGAAGUUGCCGGUAGAAGAAACAUCUUGCUUGGUGGUGCUGCCGGUAUGUCUAUUUCCCAGCUUAUUGUGGCCAUUGUGGGCGUUGCUGCUUCGUCAGACUCUUCCAAGAAGGUGCUUGUGGCCUUCUCGUGUAUUUUCAUUGCCUUCUUUGCUGCCACUUGGGGUCCUUGUGCCUGGGUGGUCAUUGGCGAGUUGUUCCCAUUGAGAACCAGAGCCAAGUCGGUUGCUCUUUGUACCGCUUCCAACUGGUUGUGGAACUGGGGUAUUGCCUACGCUACGCCUUACAUGGUCGACAAGGAUAAGGGUAACUUGGGAACCAAUGUGUUCUUCAUCUGGGGAGGAUGCAACUUCUUGUGUUUCUUCUUUGCCUGGUACUCCAUCUACGAAACCAAGGGUCUUUCUUUGGAACAGAUCGACGAGUUGUACGAGAAGGUGCCCCACGCCUGGAGAUCUCGUGGCUUCAUUCCUUCCGAACACGCUUUCAGAGAAACCGUCCAUGUGGACACCAGAAGCGAUACCAAGGCGGAAGCCAUUUCCAUCGAGGAGGUCAGCGUCUAG